UGGGAAGCAGCGCAGCGGAGCGGACGUGUGAACUGGGAGUAAAGACGAAAGUGUUGCUGGACAAACCAACCGGACACGAAGAACAGAAACACGAGAAGAAGAAGAAAAGUCUCCGCAUCAGCUGCAGAACAGAUGGGCGGGAGUUGAGGCGACAGAAGGACCAAGCAACAGGAAGACACACUUCCACGGGUGACAUCGCGACUCGCGGAGCCACCGAUGGCGGAUGACAUGUGGGAGGCCGGCAGCUCCGCCAGCCCCUCCUCGCCCGGACCCCCCCUGCUCCUGCUCAUGUUCAACAGCAGCGAUGUGAACGAGAUGCUUUACAUCUCCAACUCCUCCAACUCCUCCAACUGCACCGACCCGGACGUCCCCUCGGGCCCCAGCGUGGCAGGGGUCCUCAUCCCACUCAUAUACAUCGUGGUGUGCAUCGUGGGCCUGGGCGGGAACACUCUGGUGAUUCACAUUGUGCUGCACUACUCAAAGAUAGAGUCGGUCACCAACAUCUACAUCCUCAACCUGGCCAUCGCCGACGAGCUCUUCAUGCUCAGCCUGCCCUUCCUGGCGGUGCAGAACACGCUGCAGUCGUGGCCCUUCGGUCUGUUCAUGUGCCGCCUGGUGAUGACCGUCGACUCCAUCAACCAGUUCACCAGCAUCUUCUGCCUGACGGUGAUGACCAUCGACCGCUACCUGGCGGUCGUCCACCCCAUCGUGUCUUCGAGGUGGCGGCGGCCUCAGUGGGCCAAAGUGGUGAACGGCACCGUGUGGGCGUUGUCCUUUCUCGUCGUUCUGCCCGUGGUCAUCUUCGCCAACAUCCAGAAGGCAGGCGGCACCUGCAACAUCUCCUGGCCUCAGCCGACGGACAUCUGGAGCGCGGCCUUCAUCGUCUACACCUCCACUGUUGGCUUCUUCUGCCCCCUCCUCAUCAUCUGCCUCUGUUACCUGCUCAUCGUUUUCAAGAUCCGCAGCUCGGGGAAAAAGGUCCACGCCACCUCCACCAAGCGCCGGAAGUCGGAGCGGAAAGUGACGCGCAUGGUUGUGAUCAUCGUGGCCGUGUUCGUCUUCUGCUGGUUGCCUUUCUACGCCCUCAACAUCAUCAACCUGGUGGUGUCGCUGCCCUCCGACUACCAGGGACUCUACUACUUUGUCGUGGUGCUCAGUUACGCCAACAGCUGCGCCAACCCCAUCGUCUACGGCUUCUUGUCAGACAACUUCAAGAGGGGUUUCCGCAAGGCGCUCUGCCGCUCCACGAGGAAGGUGGAGAACCACGAGCCCAUGGAGCGUCAGCAGCCGCGGGAGGAAGGCAGGAGGGCGCUCAUGCCCAGGGAGAGCCUGAGACGGGUCAUCGGGGACGAGGAGGACGAGGAGGACGAAGACGUCUCCGAGAUGACGGAGAUCUACAGAAUCGCCCAGAACGGAAACAGCAGUUUCCAGCCGCAGAGCUCCCGGCAGCUCUUGUCGGAGAGAGGACCGACUCCAGGAGCGGCGGAGCUGCCGUCCCCGGACAACAAGGACAAAGCCGGGGAUGCGAGCGGGAAAGAUCCCGCCAACGGGUCCACGCUGACCGUCCCGCUGCUGCUCAACGGGGCCAAAAACGGAAACGUCAAAACUCUGCCGGAGGAAAACCUGGACCAGAGCACGUCUCUGGAGAUAAGUUAUUUGUAGUGUGAAAUAUGGACUGUGAGCGCGUGUUACCUGAAAUAAGACUUUGAGUAUGACAUCGCCGGAGCGGCUGCCUCUCCUCCACAACACAGAGACGCUUCUCAUGGAACAUCUUCUUCUUCAUCACGAGGAGUUGGGGAAGUUCUACCAACAUACAGAAUGUGUGGCAGUUUAGAAGGUGUUCUCUCUGUGUGAUGUGUAAAAAUGCAUGACUGAAUGUACAAACGUGUGCCUUUAUUUAACGGUCAUCAUGCUGUUGGUGUAUUUUAAACCUUUCUUAUUCCGUAAUGUGACAAACAUCUGCUCAGACUUCACCGUGUUUCAGCGAGUAUAUUCAAACAUCUGCUCCAUCAUCAGGAAUCACCUGCCCGCAACUCCUCCUGCCGUGUUUUCUGCAUCAAACCACUUGUAUAUUAGGGCUGAUGAAUUUCAAUAAUAAAUCCCAUUAUUUCGCAUCACAAGGCCGUUUUUUAAGCCCCGUGUUAACGAUGUAGAGCAUUUCUUACCACAGUGUCUUGAUUGGGAAUCAAAUAAAUGCGAAGAAUACCUUUCCUCCAUGAACUUCAUCUUGUUUGUUUAAAAAAAAGAAGUGCAAUGUAGACCGAGUUAAUGCAAUGUCUACUGCGAAGAAAAUACACCUCAACGUCCCCUUCUUCGUCCUCUUCGUCUUCGUCUUCUUCGUCUUCGUCUUCUUCUUCUUCUUCUUCGUCUUCUUCGUCUUCUUAUCUUCUUCGUCUUC